CUUAACCGGAAAAGAUGUUUACACAUGCGUGGCUUUGGUGUUGACAUUUUUUGAACAACGUAAACAUCAUGUUGUGGUGGUUCGUUAAUUUAUACCAUUUACCUAUCGACCGAUAAGGGGUAAAGGUAAUAAAUUGACAUGAUGGCCAGUAGCAGUUUCUUGGGAGCCUCUGGGGGCACAGGUUUAAAUGCAAGCCUUCCUCCUUUGCCUCCCUCCCCAGGACAAGGCUUGGCACAAAAACUCCCUCAAAUCGCAACAGAAACAGAAUUACAGAAAAUGUUGACUGACGAGCGAAUGAGAAGUCAAAUGCAUAGAACCAACUAUGAACAGUUAAAACAAGAGCAUAGAAGGCUUCAAGAUGAAUACUCUAAACUGGAAGAUGAAAUUAAGCACACCAUCGAGGAAAGUAAGAUUGUCCAGGAGAAGUACAAGACAAUGUAUGAACAAGCCAGGAAUGAUCUGACAUGUAAGUCAGAACAGCUGGAGGAGCUACGCAGCAAGGUUGUGACACCCCAACGUCUGGAGAUCCUGAAGAUGCAGGUCGUGGACGAUAUGGAGAAGACAUACAAAGAGAAGUACCACAGGCAGGAGACAGAGUUGGAUGAGUACAAGACCACCUGUACCAAACUCAAGUACGAGAUUGCCUUUGUAAAGUCCGAGUUUGAACAUGACAAAUUGGAAAACCAGCGCAUUCUUGAGGAAAUACAAUUGCAACAAGAGGCUGAGGUAUCAAAUCUGAGGAAGGAACGCGAGGUUACCUUGACUAAGAUGAAAACAGAAGGCAGUCUUGAUUCUGAGCGCGUCCGUGUCUUGCAACGUGAGAAUGCUCAGCUGCACCUAAAGCUUAAGAGUUUGACUAGAGAAAUGGAGGAGAUUCAGGCUCAGCGAGAGAAACAAAACUUUGAUGUGGACCAUCUUAAUCGUGUGCAGGCCAAACAGAUCUCUGAGUUCACUGCAUCUAUCAAGUCAACGGAGACAGAGAGGGAGUCCCUUCGUAAACAGGUGGAGCAGCUCCAACGAGACCUGUCCUCGACCGGAGACACUCACAACAAACUGAUUUCUCGCACUCAUGAAGUAGAACGUGAGAACAUCCUCCUCAAAAACAAGGCGGAUGAGGUGUCACACAAGAGCAAGGUAGAUCUCACCAAUCUCAAGAUGGACAUGCUGAAACAACGGGGAGAUUUGGAGCGUGACCGGGACAGACUUGCCAACCUCAUUGAUGAUCUACAGACAAAGCUGGAGAUCUCCAAACACACCAUUGACCAGCAGUCUCGCGGGCUGGCUGAGAAAGAGAGAGAAUCAGUACGGCGUGUCCAGGGAGCACGAGAAGAAGAAUUUGAAAAAUUCACAAAACUGGAGAGUGAGAAACUUGCCAUGGAAACUAAAUUGCAAGAGAUUGAGAGAAGGAAAAUUGAUGAGGAAGCCCAAAAGCAUGCAGAGAGAGAAAAGACUGAGGAGAGGAUCCGUGCAGCGAUGGAUCUAAAAGACAUUGCCGAACGGGAACUUCUUGUGAUAAAGACAAAACUUACUCACUCACAGUCCACGUCAGACCAACUUGAAAGAGAGAGACGUGAAAACUCUGAACUUAAAAGUAAACUCAACAAAGUGGAAACUGAACUCAAUACUUAUAUGGGAAAUGAACAUGAAAUGACUGAUGAAAACAUUAGGUUACGCAAUCAAGUAGAACUCUUAAAGGAGGAAGUGAAACUGACGAAGGAUCAGUUACAUAGGAUUCAGGAUAACCAUGAUUUAAUAGUAGCUCAACAGAAAACUGCCUUUACAGAUGAUAGGACACAACUAGAAUUACGGGUACACGAACUGGAAGACAAACUUGGCACUGCCCAGAAGAAAUAUCAAAAGGCUUGUAGUGUAUAUAAAAAGUAUAAGAAGCGCAGUCAGCAUGUCGUAGAAAAUACUCGAGACCGUCUUCAACUGAUGGAGGCGAAAAAUGAAGAACUGCAGUUAGAAAAGAAGGCUCUAGAGUCCUGUGUGCCUCAGGAUACAUAUAAUAAGCUGAAGAAACAGUGGAAGGACCUUCAACGUCGUCAUGGAGAAUUUCGUCGCUUUCUUCUCUCCACAGGAGGCUUACAGCAAGUAGCCAUAGGAGACAUGUCAUUUGGCUCUGUGAACCUGGCAAUGGAUACUACUCUCAUACCCAACGUCAGCUUCACAGAACAGGAGAGGAAACACCAGGAGGACUUGCGCUUACUCAAACAGCGUCUGGACAUCGUCGAUAGCAACCAGCAGCAUCAAUUGGAGGAGCUACAGGAGAUAGCUCAUAGUACAUUUAAGGGCUCCCUGCCUGGUAUGGAUGAUGAGGGGCCGCCGACGGUCCGGGAUGGGAACAUCAAGGACAAUAUCACCGUUACUGGGGAAGAUGAUAUUGACGAUUAUGAAGAUGAUUAUGAUGAUUCGGACAGUAUUGAAAAAGCUGACACAGAAAAGUCUAGCUGAUGUGUUUCUCCUCUGUUUUAGGCCUGUCUAUCUGUGAUAAUGAUCAGUCCCAUCAAUAAGUGAUGUUGAUGGUGGUGCCGUAUGUAUGGUGCAUACUCAAUACAAGCUAUUUUUAUAACAAGCCUUUCCUAAGCUUCUUUUUUAAUACCUGGUACAUAAAUUUUUUGUAAGAAUUGUUUUAGAAAAUCGUUAUUCAAAUAUUAAAUGAUUUCAGUAGCCACAGUUUACAUGUAAGACAUCAGUUGUUCAGUUAGAAUUUUUGAAUCAAAAUUAGAAACUGAUAUCAAAAUCUGUAUGCUGGAUCCUUUAUCAUUUAGUGGACUUUGGUUGUUGCAGCUUGACCCAAGUGCUUUACAUUGACAAUGAAAAUUGGAUGUAAUACUCCUUUUUGACCCACCAUAACUUCUUGUUAAUUAUUACCAACAGCAGGAUACAAUACUUUACCUUGGUCUACAAGUAGUAUGCUGAUAAAUACACGUUUAGUAUUCAUUUUAGUUCGAUAUCAAUCUGCAUUAAGAUAAAAGUUGUUGGGGUAUAUAUACAAAUGUACCUUCUUCACUCAACAUAUUCCUGUAGUAAUGAUUUUUGAUCCAGUAACUUUGGCAAAAUAACUACUACUUGUCAAUAUUUAUUGUAUAAUUCCACAAAGUUUCCCUUGUCACAAAUGCCUUUGUCUAAAACUAUGUAAUAAUUGUUUGAUUAUCAUAUCGUUGUUAAAUUUUUGAUGGUUGAAAUCAUAUUUAGAAAAAAGAUAUAUAUACAGUACAAUUUCUCACUUGCACAGUAUGUAUGAAGUACAUUAAAGUGGUCCACAAAAUCUAUAAACCCACCAAUGAUCCAAAACAGCAUUUAACAUGUUAUUAUCAGGCUUGCAAAGAAUUUUGUGUUGAAACUGGAAUUUCAUUGAUCAUUACAUUUUGAUCCUCUCUUUUGAGAACUAUAUUCUCUUUCUACUUAUUAUAUUUGUAUACUCCUCAAUAUUUACAUGUCCUAAGUCAUGUUAUUGUACAAUGUGAAUAAAUAAAUUAUAUUUACUUUU